AUGGCGACCUCUACAAUUACAACUGUGCUUCAAUGGAUUUUACUCUACUCUUCUAUUCAUCUAUUAUCACUAAAACCAGGUAAUUGCCUUCGCUCUAAUCCUCAAAAAUGUGGAAACCUGACAAUUCCUUACCCAUUCCGAUACAACACAACAGAUUAUGGUUUGCCUGGUUUUGAAAUUACUUGCAAAGGAAAAUCCAGUUCUGACUCUGGAAUCCCCUAUCUGCCAAUCCCUUCGGGAGAAGUACAAGUCGUAAAUAUCUCCUAUGACCAUAUUCUGGUUGACGCCACUGCCUCGUAUGCUUUACCAUACAAGAUUAACGUUACAAGCACCAUAGCAUUUAAACUUUCUGACGAAGGGCCUUUCAGGAUUUCUGAGCUUAAUAACUUCUUUGCUGUUGGCUGUAUCACACAAGGCGAGUAUCGACUAUCUUUCGCCACUGCACCGAAUUAUUUCUUGGGGAGGUGCCGCUCUAGGUGUAAUCAGACACGCUCUGUCAAACCAUGGGUCUGCAAAGAGAAUAGUUGUUGCAAGGUACCGCUUCCUGGAGGUUACACCCAAAUCGAGGUCAAUGCAACGUACUACGCUUCCGAUGAAAUAGGAAAUUCUAGCUAUUCUGCCUCUGCUAUAGUUAGCCAAGAUAGUUUCGGUUCGAAUCCCGAAUCGAAGUUCCAACUCCAAGGUUCCCGUUAUUCUAUGCGGCUAGAUUGGGCCAUUCCAAAUAACACUUACUCCUCGUCCAAAGCCAAUAUUUCAUACCAGUGUGUUCCAAACGCAAUCACUCAAGACAAAGGGUGGGGGUAUUUAUGCAAGUGCAAUAGUAACGAUACGGGAGAUGGAUACGUCAACGGCACAGGAUGCAGAGCUCCAGAAACCAAAAAGUGCACAAGUUUCAGCUGCUUUCAAACUUUGUCAGUAAUCACAGGGGCAUGUGGGACACUAAUAGCUGUGCUACUCGGCGGUGGCAGUCUCUUCUGGAUUUUCAAGCUGAGGAAAUCCAAGCGCGACAAGGAAAAGAACUUCCAGAGAAACGGAGGGGAUCAUUUGAAUAAUCUAAUUUCAUCGCUAGGAGGAGUAGAAAGCGUGAAACUUUUUUCUUUGAAAGAGAUCGACAAAGCCACAAAUAAGUUCUCUCAAAAUUUGAUCCUGGGAUGUGGUGGCUAUGGCACCGUUUACAAAGGCAAUCUCACCAAUGGACGUGCUGUGGCCGUCAAGAAGUCCAAGGAAGUUGAUUCCAAGGAAAUCGACCAAUUUAUUAAUGAAAUUUCUAUUUUGAGCCAAAUUAAUCACAGAAAUGUGGUGAAGGUACUGGGCUGCUGCCUGGAAACUCCGGUUCCUCUGCUGGUCUAUGAAUACAUUUCUAAUGGAACAUUGUUCGAUCAUCUCCAUGGUGACAGGCAACACCAGCAGCAAAUUCCAUGGGAGAAGCGCUUGUGCAUAGCCAAGGAAACCGCAGAAGCUUUGUCAUACUUGCACUCUGCAGUGUCAAUACCGAUUGUCCACAGAGAUGUCAAAUCUUCCAACAUUCUUCUCGAUAAUGAUUAUAAUCCAAAAGUUGCGGACUUCGGAGUGUCUCGUCUGGUGCCGAUGGGGCAAACACACAUUACUACAGUUGUGCAGGGAACAAUGGGUUACUUGGAUCCUGAAUACUUUCAAACAGUUCAGCUUACAGAGAAAAGCGAUGUCUACAGCUUUGGAGUAGUUCUCGUGGAGCUUUUGACAGGGCUGCAACCUGUUUCGUAUGAAAGGAUGAAGAACCAUAGCAACCUCGCUAUAUUUUUCCUCUCCACUAUAAACGCGAUGGGUCUCAGAGAAAUCAUAGAUCCCCGUCUUGAUGUGGAUGAAGGUAAAAACAUGGAGUCGAUGAGAAGAGUGGCGGGGCUAGCGAAGGAAUGCCUAAGCGUUGAAGGGGAGAAGAGGCCUUCAAUGAAAGAGGUGGUUCAGGAACUGCUUUGGGCAACAGGCGGCGAAAGGCCGCAUGCGUGGCUAAAUAAUGAUGCAGCAGACAACCCGGAAGAAAUGGUGGGGCUGAUAGUUGGUGAGGAAGAAAGAAGCGAGGAAAUUAGGGCCGUUUAUUCAAUACCACAGCACUUCAGUUCCUCGUUUGGCAUUGAAGGGCUCGGGGUUGGGGUUGGGGUUCGAAGCGGCAGAUAACUCCUCUGGACGAUACUUUUAGUUCUUUCCGUGUGUGAUUUUUGGCACGUGUCGUGCUUACUACGUAGACUGUGUCCUUUUAAUGUAUAAAUAUGUAAUUUAAAUGUCUGAACGACCUUUUAGUCUAUACCCGUACUAUUUACAAACCAAUUUCU